UGCAACACGAUGUUUCAACUAAUUCAAUUUUGUUUUAGGUUUAAUUAUCUAUGACAGGUCGAUACGAAUCAUAAUAAUCAUUUUAACACUAACGAUAAUUUUGUGCUGUUUCCAGUCGGAUUUAUUUUAGUGUCGUACAGUAAGAAUCACGUAAUUUCCUAUUUUCUGCAGAGCAAGAGAAGCUACAUUUUUAGCCUCGAAAAUGAGUUUGUUUUUGUCUAAAUUAAAUUGCAAAAACGACAUUGAUGAAGUUAUCAAAGGCGUAGCAGAAAAAGUCGUCGUUUUGAGGUUUGGGAGAGACGAAGACUCUGUUUGUCUCCAGCUCGAUGAGAUUCUGUCAAAAACGGCGCAUGACCUGAGUAACAUGGCGUCCAUCUACAUCGUUGAUGUGGAUAAAGCUCCCAUCUACACAAGAUACUUUGACAUCAGUUACAUCCCCUCUACUGUUUUCUUUUUUAACGGACAGCACAUGAAAGUGGAUUAUGGCUCCCCAGAUCACACCAAGUUUAUCGGCAGCUUCAAGACCAAACAAGAUUUCAUGGAUCUGAUUGAGGUCAUAUACAGAGGAGCCAUGCGUGGGAAGAUGAUUGUCCAGAGUCCCAUAGAUCCUCAAAAUAUUCCCAAAUUUGAUCUCCUCUACCAUGGGAUUUAAAAUCAACACGUCCACUGUGUGGCCUUAUGAUCAUGAUGAUUUCUCACUGAGAGGCAUCAACCAGGUGUGGUUGAUUAUCUGAUCAAUGGUUUCCCACUAUUAUAAGGAUCAACAGGUAACAUUUACACUAAUAUUAAGGCACUGUGGGACAGUGAAGAAGAAGAAGACUGAAAGAGUUCAAAGUAAAUGUCAGCAAAGCAGGUUUCAAACAAGUGUCUUCUGAGGAAGGAAAUGUAAUAAACAUGUUGGACUUGUGUUGAACAAUGUGUGCCUUUAUAAUUAACACUCAUUGUAAACGGAACAUUUCUCAAGAAAACUCCGCAGGCACCUUUUAAAGUACAUCUUUUACACAAGAAAACUGUUUACCCAAACCCAUUGGUUGGAAAUACAAGUACUAUCAAUAUUGAUUCAACAGUUUGGAAACACUGAAAUGUAAACAAAGUUUAGACUCACAAAAUGAAAUGGGCUUUUUUAAGGACAGGACAUUUUUAUUAAUGAAAAAUAAUUUGUUUCAUAGAGAAGGUGUGUGUUUUGUUAAGUGAUGUUCUGCAAUUUUGAUUUGAUUUAUUUUUUGUUAAUAAUCAAGUAUCUUGAUGUUUCCCAUGAAAAAGAGCAGUACAUCAGCAGGGAGAUGCACUUCAUUUAUCCAAUGUAUAUGCUCAGUUUUUAUAAUAAACUUUUAUAUUUUAUCUUG